UCCUCAGCAGCACAGACCACAUCGCGCGCAUCUGCAUCACAGGCACUCUCCGCUCCUCUCUAUCAACAUAUCAGCAAGACCUUUUUCGAUGGAAGGGACUUUUUUAUCAAUUUGUCCAACAGCCGAAGCGACAUAAACUCAAGCGAUUCCGGGCUCCAUAAUCGUGUUUUUUUUUUGUUGGUUUAUUGUCUCCAAGCAACAGUCUCAGAUCAUCGAAAUCACACGAGAAAAUGAGGAUCAACAGAGAUCACUGGAGGGUGUACAAGAGGGCGAGUGUCAUGUUCUUUCUGGCUGUGGUGGCGCUGACUGUUGUCCAGAGAGGAAGUAUCAAUAUGGGGGCUCCCUUUCAACUUGAGAGGCUGGCUCGCAUGGAAGCCUCCAGGGGAGCGGAGCAUGGAGCUGCUUCGGAAAGCAAAAGUCACCCGUUCCUGGAGAUGAAAAGCUUCUGGAAGGCUAGCAAACGCCAGCCAGUGCCUAAAGCUUGGGCCAAAACGCAGGAGCCCAGGAUCACCGAGGACAGCAGAGCCAGAACUUGGGAUGUAACCAGCUCCAACUGUACCUCCAACCUCAACUUCUCAAGUCAGGGGUGGUUCACAGGCCUGGAGGACAAUUUCAAGCAGUUCAUGCUUUAUCGACACUGCCGCUACUUUCCCAUGCUCCUCAACCACCCAGAGAAGUGCACAGGGGAUGUAUAUUUGCUCAUGGUAAUAAAAUCUGUGGCCACCCAGCAUGACCGAAGGGAGGUCAUCCGAAAAACCUGGGGCAAAGAGCAGGUGCUUGACGGCAAAAAAAUAAAGCUCCUCUUCCUUCUUGGUAAACCCUCCAGUGUGGCAGAGAGAGUGCACCACCAGAAGCUAGUGGAGUAUGAGGACUACAUCUACAGGGAUAUCCUCCAGUGGGACUUCCUGGAUAGCUUUUUCAACCUCACACUUAAGGAGACUCACUUCCUCAAGUGGUUCCACACGUACUGCCCCAGUGUACGCUUUGUCUUCAAGGGGGACGAUGACGUCUUUGUCAGCGUGGAGAACAUCUUUGAGUUUCUAGAAGGCAGCAACAGUGCAACGAACCUGUUUGUGGGGGAUGUGAUUUUCAAGGCUAAGCCCAUUCGUAAAAAGGAAAACAAAUACUACAUCCCCCAGGCUCUAUAUCAUAAGAUACACUACCCUCCAUAUGCUGGUGGAGGGGGUUUUCUGAUGGAUGGGACCCUGGCAAGGAGGCUUCACUUGGUGGCAGACACCCUGGAGCUCUACCCCAUCGAUGACGUCUUCUUGGGCAUGUGUCUGGAGGUGCUUCAGGUCACUCCUGUAAAACACAACGCCUUUAAGACGUUCGGCUUGGUGAAAAAUAAGAGCAGCAAGUUGAACCGAGAACCUUGUUUCUUUAAGAGCAUGAUCGUGGUGCACAAGCUGCUCCCGUCGGACCUCAUGCACAUGUGGAAUCUGGUCAACAGUGACCUUGUCUGCUCGCAGAAAGUGGACAUCCUAUAGCUUGAGCUGAGCCGUACCUCUGUGGAUACUAGGAUGCAUGAGAGGCCCGGUAAACCCUCCUUUAUGAGGAGAGGGACCACAGACAAUAUGUAAAUGUUGCUGUUUUUUUGGAAGAGUUUUCUCAAAAGUCAAGUAAAUUAUACAGAGUUUGUAAAAGUUGUAGAAUUGUGUAUUUAUAUUGUCGUUUUGAAGAACUCACACUGUCAGCACGCAGAUUCAGAGACAACAACGUUAAGGAGACCAUUAAUGUGAAUACACUUCAAAAAUGUGGGGUACUAAAUUAUCAUGAAUAUCAUUAGCAAACAGAACCAUGUAUAUGUAUUUAUGUUUGGAGCAUAAUGUGCAUUUAAAUUGGAGGGAAAUUAUGUUUGGUUUAGUUUAAUUUUGAAAAUAAAAGGGCAGUUACUGUUAGUUGGUGCGCCAAAGCGUUGGGUUCAAAAGCCACUGCACAUGCUGCCUAGCCUCCAUCUUGGGUUUGUUCUAUGUGUUACAUAGUUUCACACAUUGCACAUUGCCUUCACUCGGAGCAGUAUGGCAUGCUGCAGUGGCCUCACAUCGAGUAUGAGAAUGAAACAACUCUCUCUACCUCAAACAAAUAUUUAGAUUUCAUCACUGGUCACCUAUUCUACUCUAAGUGUAACCAUUAUCUUCAUACGCAGUACAUAGAAGUAAGAUUUGAAUCACUUUUGUUACAUAGAGGCAUUUUUUGGGGGGCGGGGAUGUGACUGACUUGAUCUGGACAUCUACCACUUCAACACUACUGGAAAAAAAACAAUGACACUCUGAAUUAAAACUAUUGCUGGUACGAGUAUAUGACAUGUUAAUUUAAUCCCCAAUAAAAGGGGGCAAAUGUGGGAUGGGGGUAUUUAAUUGAAAGCGUCAGGUGAGCAUAUUAAUGGGAUGUUCAAUGAUUAUAUAGCUGAAUGUUGUGGAUGUGGCGGGUGAUGAUUAUGUCGAGGUAAUGUAAAUAUAUGAAAAUCAAAAUGUGCAUCCAAUGUCAUUUGUAAAUAAAAUUCUUGACAGUACAGUUGUCUUUGAAACUCUGUCCCGGAUCGGUUGCUUUUGUGUUUGGCCGUUAUCAGCAUCGAACAUCUAUGUGAAAAUCCACAUCAGGUGUUCCAACAAUAGUGUCCAGUGUUGACGUGUGGUUAUCAGUUACGCAACUAAGCAGUCAAGAAAGCAUAAUAUGCUCAAACAGUCAUACGGUAAUAAUGGUGUACUCAAAACAAGACACGUAAUGUUCAUUUCAUCAAUGUUCAGCAACUUAGGCCACAAGUGUGUUCCGUGUUCUCUCUCUGCCUUGGAGAAGAAGUUAAAGAGCUUCACUUCCGUAAUUCCUACAAUGUUUUAAUAUAAAAGGCUGCUGCAUUAGAAAGUUCGCGGAACAACCUUUUUGAAACGUGACACAAAUCUUUUAUUUUGGGGAUGGGAAAUAUUUAUUUUCUACCCACAGUCUAUUUUGUACUGAAAUUGAGAAAGCAACUGUACAUGCUCCCGACUCUGUGUGACAUUUCACACUGUUUAUGUUAAGUAUACCGAGCAAAGCUGCUCAGACUGAUACUGCAGGGAACAGUGAAGAUAUUGUUUAGAGCUUUAAGUUGGCCCAAAAAAGACAAAGAGGGGCAAAACAAAACAAAUACCUUUCUGUUGUUCCUCACAAUCUCUUCCUGGACAAAAAGAAGAAAACCGUAUAGAAACUGGAACUUCUCUGAAUAUUGUGUUCCAUGAGGGGUGCAAUUGCCAACACAGAAGCAUAGCUGAAGAAGAUUCAUGUCGUUAAUCUGUCCUGCGUUAAACACAAUGAACAAGAAAAUGUGCUUAAUCAUCUCUAUUAUUGCAGCUUUCAUUCACCAGUGUGGUGGGCCACAUCGUUCACUGUCAAAGAUUAUGUUUCCAUUGAGGUUUAACGUUGCAGAGACAGUUUAAUUAAUCAGAACAAGGGGCAGAAGCAACAGCAAGCAUUCGGGUACUUGUAUUAUUAGCAGCUGUAAGCCAAUUGGUCAAAUUUCCUCUGUUUUUCUGGGUCCUGGGGGUAAAGAUACUGGCGAUA